AUAACCACAAAUUUGAAUUCCCAUUUCCUCAGACAAAAUCAAUAGUGGAAGAGAAAUACACGAGGAGAGAGAAGGCGGAUUGCAAUGGUGAAAGAUCUGAGCAACGAUCAAAUAUCCUCCAUGAAGGAGGCUUUCACUCUCUUUGACACCGACGGCGACGGCAAAAUCGCUCCAUCGGAGCUAGGGAUCCUCAUGAGAUCACUCGGUGGUAACCCGACCCAAGCCCAACUCAAAUCAAUAAUCGCCGAGGAAAAACUCACCACGCCGUUCGAUUUCAACCGAUUUUUAGACCUCAUGUCAAAACACCUAAAACCGGAGCCAUUUGAUCGCCAAUUGCGCGAUGCGUUCAAGGUCCUUGAUAAAGACGGCACUGGUUUCGUCGUCGUUUCGGAUCUAAAGCAUAUUUUAACGAGUAUUGGGGAGAAGCUUGAGCCUGCGGAAUUUGAUGAGUGGAUCCGAGAAGUUGAUGUUGGAUCCGAUGGGAAGAUCCGGUAUGAGGAUUUCAUUGCUAGGAUGGUUGCCAAGUGAUUUUUGCAUGUGAUUUGCAUCUCAGGCUAUAUUAUUCAUAGCAUGAAAGAAGAGCUGACUUUUUCCCUUUGUAGCUUAACCUUUUUAUUUACAUGUUUCAUUGUACUCCAUUAGCCAUUUUCCUAAUUGUUGAUUUUACUGUUUUCUUCCCUUGCACUAUCAACCAUUAGCCAUUAGCCAUUUGCUUCUUGCUCAUUAUUAAAAUGCUAGACUUCAGCCAUGAUCAGUUAUGUGUUUAUUGAUGCAGCAAUCUACUUGUAACAUUAAGAAAAAAGAAUAUCUGUUUGAGACUAAUCAUCCCUUGUUUGUGGUUGUA